AACACCAGUAUAAAGCACACACCACAACAGUCAGUCACGUAUAUAACGGCGAGGAGUCAGACAGACGGGCGCACCAACUCAUCACUCAAGACUUCACGCAAGCGGUUAAAUAGGGGCUGUCCUUUCCCUUUCGCACACUUAUUUGGUCAGGGAAUUUAAGAGAAAUGGACUUCAUCCUGCCACCCACUCUGCCAGCUGGUGGUAUCCCGUGGGAGAAGGUUUUACCACCUCUUCUUCCUCGGCUGAAUGGGACUUAUGGACAAUAUAAGUGGUCCCCGAAGUUAUUAAUUCCAGAGACUGAUAAUGGCAGCUCUGCAGAGGUGAACUGUGAUGAAAGUGGUUUCACAGUUCAAGUUGAUGUGAAGGACUUCAACCCAGAGGACCUAAUGGUCAAAGUCAUAGGAGACUUUGUAGAAGUGCAAGGAAAGCAUGAAGAGAAAAAGAAGGACGGUCAAGGGUGUACAACACGGCAGUUCAACCGCCGCUACCGAAUCCCAAAGGGAGUGCACACUAUGGCUUUGGAGUCUGCAGUCUCUCCAGAGGGCAUCCUUAUCAUAUCUGGGCCGAUGCUGCAAACCGAGAACUCCAGAAUCCGAAACUAAGCACAUAAAUAGCAAACACUCAAAUCUUUGCUAUCAUCACCAUGUGUGGAAACAAAUGUAACAGAAGCCUUUAUGAACACAGAGGCACAAACAGAAAUAACUUAAGGCUCCUCCAGUCACAGCAACGCUCAGCAUGUGCCAAAACACACAUUUGUUCUGUUCCUGGCACUGUUUCCCUGCUCUUUCAGGUUUGUAUAUACUGCUCUGCUAUUACUCGACAAUCUUACAUAAUGUUUCAAGGAACCGGUCUUUGUAAAUAUUCUGCGUUCACAGUUGUUUUUGUGUGUACCUUUUGUAAAAUGCACUCUAAUGUGAUUAAUGGCGCACACAGACAUAUCUCCAAGCUCUUUAAUGUGGACAUAUUUCUUUUUAAAAAGUUCAAAUAAACUUUAUUUCUUUAUAAAACAAAUAAUAAAAGUGACUACUUCAA